GGUUUGGAAGGAGGUCGACCAGCAGAGAGACUCAUUCACUGAGGAAUACUGAGGACAAUGAUCCCAGGAUACACUACUACAGAGGACAUACUGCAUACACUAUGGACUCUGAAUCUCUGGACAGUUGUAUCCAGAGCACCCUCUCAGCCCUCUACCCUCCGUUUGAUGCCACAGCCUCCACGGUGCUGUGUCAGGUAUUUGAUGUGGUGGAGACCAGCUACAGAGGAGACGGAUUAAGAUACCUUAUAGACUUCCUGGUCCCUGCCAAACACAUCCUGCAGACCAUCCAGCAACAUGCCUGUUUCCCGUACUGCGGCCUGUUAUUCCGGCACCAGGGCUGGCCUCUGUGUCUCCACGACAAGGUGAUCAUCCAGCUCUCUCCUCUGGACCCACGUGUCCUCCGCCCCGGGGACUUCUACCUACAGGUGGCAUCGCCCUCUGUCUCCCCCAGCUCCUCCUCCACCAACACCCCCAGCCCACCCUGUCUCAUCCUGCGCUGUCUGGCCCCCAGUGGGCAGCAUGUAGAGGAGGUAAAGUUGACAGAGCUAGCCUACACCUCCCUGUUCACCAUGGCCUGGCUCCACUCAGUCAACAGGGAACGGAGUGGAGCAGGAACGGAGACAGGGUCUGGGACAGGGUCGGAGCCAGGGUCUGGGCCAGGGUCUGGGACAGGGUCGGGGACAGGGUCGGGGAGGACCCUGUCCCACUGCCUCCUUUCUGCAGAGAACAACAUUUUCAGAGUACCCUGGGAGGAUGUAGUACACCCUCAGUUCAUUAACAGACCCACGGCUAUGGUGGCUGCACCAAUCAGAGUCCCUACCAAGGGAGAAGGGGACGGGGGGAGGGAACAGGACGUCUUCAAGCCUUCGGAGAGGGCCAGAUGCAUUUUGAUUGACACAUCCAAGGCCCAAUGUGGAGAGAGUACGGAGGUGAAGCUCCUCCCACGGUUGAGACAGCCUAUCGAGACCAGGGACGAUGGGAACGGUUUUGCAGCAGAAGAGGACUCGGACGCUGAGGGAGAGUAUGUUGAACUGGAAGAGAUCUCUCUACCGCGCUUCUCUCCUCAGAAAGGAUCCUUAACACAGUCUGUUAGUCUGAACUACAGGAACCUGCAUAAACCCUGGACUACAGCCCGACACCCCCCCAAAGCAACCCCCUCCCAGCCCUUUCAUGCCCCGGUGAAAAGCAGCACUUUCUCCCAGUCCAUGGUGUGUUCCAGACUCAUCGAGGAAUACCUGAACAACGACGUGUUUUCCCCUGUCAUCCUCACCCCAACGGCCCCCACCUCCGCUACGGACCCCACCUCCCCUACGGACCCCACCUCCCCAACGGCCCCCAUGGGCCCCACCUCCCCUACGGCCCCCAUGGGCCCCACCUCCCCUACGGCCCCCACGUCCCCAACGGCCCCCACCUCCCCCAUGGUCCCCACCUCCCCAACGGCCCCCACCUCCCCUACGGCCCCCACCUCCCCUACGGCCCCCACCUCCCCUACGGCCCCCACCUCCCCUACGGCCCCCACCUCCCCCACCUCCCCCAUUGUCCCCACCUCCCCUAUGGCCCCCACCUCCCCUACGGCCCCCACCUCCCCCAUGGCCCCCAUGGGCCCCACCUCCCCUACGGCCCCCACCUCCCCUACGGCCCCCAUGGGCCCCAUGGCCCCCACCUCCCCUACGGCCCCCACCUCCCCUACGGCCAGAGAGGGGGUCAGCGGUGAGGGGACAGCGUCAGACCGUACAGAAGGUAACGCUGCUCGUCUCCAGAGGCUAACACAACGUGUCUCUGAGCGUGUGUCUGAGUCUCACUGGUCAGUGUGUGACGGCACAGCCCUAUCAGUGGUUUCUGACCCCCAGACUGACAGCGAGGAGGUUUUAACCCAGUCACACAGUAUAGUGGAGAGGGAAGAGUCUCUCAGUCACCCUCAGACUGACAGUGAGGAGGUUUUAACCCAGUCACACAGUAUAGUGGAGAGGGAAGAGUCUCUCAGUCACCCUCAGACUGACAGCGAGGAAGUUUUAAUCCAGUCACACAGUAUAGUGGAGAGGGAAGAGUCUCUCAGUCACCCUCAGACUGACAGUGAGGAGGUUUUAACCCAGUCACACAGUAUAGUGGAGAGGGAAGAGUCUCUCAGUCACCCUCAGACUGACAGAGAGGAAGUUUUAACGCUGUCACACAGUAUAGUGGAGAGGGAAGAGUCUCUCAGUCACCCUCAGACUGACAGCGAGGAGGUUUUAACCCAGUCACAUAGUAUAGUGGAGAGGGAAGAGUCUCUCAGUCGGGAAGACGGCAUUGUUCACAAAACCAGGACAGAGACAGAGGAGAGGGAUCAGGGUUCAGAAACCAGGACAGAGACAGAGGAGAGGGAUCAGGGUUCAGAAACCAGGACAGAGACAGGGGAAAGGAGGGAUAGGGGUUCAGAAACCAGGACAGAGACAGAGGAGAGGAGGGAUAGUGGUUCAGAAACCAGGACAGAGACAGAGACAGGGGAGAGGGGUAGCCAUGUUGGCAUCUUACAGGUGGUUGACACCAGUGAGACAGUCUCUCACCAUGAUGACCCUGAGGUCUCCACCGGCCAAUCAGACACUCCCCAAGGAGAGGACCAGACACUGAACACUCUGACCGAGACUCUCAUACACUUAGCCCCCACUCCCACUGACCACCAAACACCAACGCACUACACACCUUCCACUGAAUCAGAGACCGAGAGACCGGAGGAGGAGGAGAUGGAGCAAGAGGAAGAGGAAGAGAACCACUCAGAUACUGACCCCCAAGAGCAAGAAGAGACAGGCCCCAUUCAGCCAGAGGAACCUGUGUUAAAAUCCUGUUCCGUGGACAAGCCAUCCAAUGAAACUAACCACAGAGACCCAGAACUACAACGGACCCCAGCAGUGAUGUUUCACGACCCUCCACCUCCCUCGCCCCUGCUCCACCAGCCCCCAGCCCAGUUAACCCAGUCCCCAGCCCAGUUAACCCAGUCCCCAGCCCAGUUAACCCAGUCCCCAGCCCAGUUAACCAGGUCCUACUCCCAGUCCAGCCAGUGCUCCCAGUCUUCAGUCUUUCCUAAGUCCCAGACACUGACAGAGGCCCACAACAUCAAUGCUGCUGUCCUCAGUUCUGGGGUGCUCUGUCUGCCUGGAACAAGAGAUAGGGGAGGUCGAGCCCUGGUGACCGUGACCACGAGGAACACCGGCUGGUUGAACCCCAGCUGUGACUGUGGAGAACUGGUCAGAAUCCUGGUCUACUACUACACAAUGCUCAGGAAGGAGGUGCGUUCCCUAGGGUUGACAGUCGUGGUGGACUCCCGGCGGUGCUCCCCUGUCCCCGCUCUGUUCAGCGCCUUCAACAUACUUCAGGAUGCUUUGCCCGGCUGUAUCUACACUGUCCUGUUACUGGCUGAUAGAGACCUGGUUCUACGCCUGGAGAAACCCUCAGCCGUACAGGUGGAGUUGUUGACCUCUCUGAAGUCUCUCUAUAAACAUGUGGAGGUGUCUCAGCUACCUACUGAGUUUGAUGGAUCCUUCCCCUUUUCACACAGCGCCUGGGUCUGCUUCAGAACGAGAGUGGAACAGCUAACCAGUCACUGUGAGGACGCUGUCAACCUUCUGCAGAGUACCAUCACAGGUCUGGAGUCUACUGUCCUGCCAGCUACCGCUGAGGAGGCCCAGGUGUUACUUGCCAGGUACAGGGGUGUGAUGUGCACCGUCCUGGAGGACAGCCGAUUGGCUAGAUUACAGCUGGAGGGCGGAGCCGUCCUGUCCCGCCUCCGUAAAGAGGAAACCAGUGUCAGCCUCAGAGACGACUACAGAGAUGCCGUAGAGGUUGUGGCUGGUCUGUACGAUCAGGUGGAUGAGCUGGUUCACAAGCUGGUGAUGCUGUCCAACCAACGCACUCAGGAACUGGACUUUAUCAUGGAGUUCAAGAGUCUGGAGCAGGGAUUCAAGGAGGUGAGUGACUGGAUUGAGGAGGUUGGAGAGAGUCGUCUGAGAACGCUCGGAGAGCUGGAGGAUUCUCUGGAGCAGCUGCACAGGAAACAGACCCUCUUCAGAGACUUCUACACUGCUGCCUACGAACACUGUAAGGGAGGCGAGGCGCUGCUGAAACGUCUAGAACGUUGGGAAGACUUGUCGUCAGCCGAGCUGCAGGUGUACGAGGUCAAAGUUCAAUCCUUCUGGGUCCACCUGCACGACUUCUCCCAGAGGGUAGAAGACACCAAGACCAACAUCGACAAGACCGUACGUCUCUACGAGUUUUUCGAUAAGGCGUAUGAGUGGGCGUUGGAGGGGAUGCGUCACCUGGCCAGCAUCAGCAUGGAGGACUGCACGGUGCCCGACAAGAGCCAGGGGGUGAUCAGCUGUCUGGAGGGGUACCGCCGGCAGCACCCCCCGAUCCCCGACCCCCGCUUCCAGGAGAUGAAGGAGCUGGCUGGGGAGAUGAAGAGCGAGCAGGGCCUCAAACAGUGGAAGUUCGCCUGGUCCAAGUGCCAGGAGACCAAGCAGAUGUUUGAGAAGAAGCUGGAGGCCGCUCUGAGGACGAGGCGAGCCCUGCCCACGGGAGAGUCACCCGGGUCGGGUACAGCGGGUGCAGGGAAGGACGGCGGGGUAGGGGACGCCACCCCCAGACGUUAUUCUGACGUUAACAACGACGUGGGACAGGAGAGGAGCCGCAGCGUGUCACACGCCUGUAGAAAGGCCUUUAGUGGGGUGUGGGGGGUCAGAGAGAGGCUGUCCUCUACCUCCAGCGCUGCCUCAGCUCAGUCGGCCUGCAGCCACAGAGAGGAGACACCCCUAACCUCCUCUCCCUACGGUCUGGUGCACAGGCUCCCCCUCACCCCCCUCUCCACCCAGCUCCUCACCCGUAGCACCUCCUCCUCCGAGGAGUCGUCCCACGGGGUUCGUAUUGAAGCGCAGGGCCGUAGCUCCUCCUGUUCCUCCUCCCCCUCCCUGACCCCCCUGGAGCCGAGCUCCGCCCCUAACCCUGCUCGCCGGCCCCCGCUCCGCAAGACCCAGAGCUUCGACUGCCAGAGCCCCGCCCCCGCCUCCCCUGACUCCUCCCGCUAUGGGACCUGUCAGCGUACGCUGAGCGAGCCGGCCCGGCGCGGCCACACUGGGGUGUUUAUUAAAGGCCUGGAGGUCAGUAGUAGGGAGGUGGCUGAGCGACCCUACUCCCCCAGAAUGACGCCUCCUGGCUGGGCAGCGGGAGAGGCACUGAGGACCCCCUCCAUCAGCACUGCCAGUAGUCCUGUACCAGAGACCCGCGCCAAGGGCAGUAAGCUGCGUCACAUCGUGGAUGAGAUGGUGACCACGGAGAGGGAGUACGUGCGUUCCCUCCGGUACAUCAUCGAGCACUACUUCCCCGAGAUGGAGAGAGGAGACCUCCCGCAGGACCUCAGGGGAAAACGCAGCGUCAUCUUUGGGAACCUGGAGAAGCUUAUGGACUUCCACAGCCAGUACUUCCUCAAGGAGUUGGAGAGCUGCUGCAACCACCCUCUGAGGGUGUCACACUGCUUCCUACGACACCAAGACGCGUUCGGCCUGUACGCUCUGUACAGUAAGAACAAGCCUCGGUCUGAUACGCUGUUGGCCAGCCACGGAAACAGCUUCUUCAGGAACAAGCAGCUGAAGCUGGGAGAUAAGAUGGACCUGGCCUCCUACCUGUUAAAGCCCAUCCAGAGGAUGGCUAAAUACGCUCUCCUCCUCAAAGACCUGAUCAAGGAGGUGAGCGAGGCGCAGGAGACAGAGCUGGGCUACCUCCGAGCCGCCGCGGAGAUGGUCAAGUUCCAGCUGCGUCACGGCAACGACCUGCUCGCCAUGGACGCCAUUCGAGACUGUGACGUGAACCUGAAGGAGCAGGGUCAACUGGUCAGACAGGAUGAGUUCUGGAUCUGGUACGGCAGGAAGAAGUGUCAGCGCCAUGUCUUCCUGUUUGAAGACCUGGUGCUGUUCAGUAAACCCAAACGCAUCGAAGGAGGACUGGACGUUUACAUCUACAAACACUCCUUUAAGACGGCAGACGUGGGGAUGACUGAGACAUCUGGGGACAACAGUCUUCGUUUCGAGGUGUGGUUCAGACGCAGGAGCAGUAAGAACCAGACAUAUGUCCUGCAGGCCUCCAACACAGACAUCAAACACGCCUGGACCACCAACAUCGCACGUAUCCUCUGGCAGCAGGCUACCCGGAAUAAAGAGAUCCGUAAUCAGGAGAUGGUUUCCAUGGGAGUGGGUAACAAGCCGUUCCUGGACAUUACACCCAGUGAUGCUGCGAUCAACGACAGGGCUAUAGACUACAUCAUGAAGGGACGAGGUGCCAGAACUCGAGCCUCCAUUGCCGUGUCCCUGUUCGACCACUCCAACCCUUUCAAGCGUACAGCUUCGAGUAACGGGGGGUCUGGCGGCGGGGCCCCUGCUGCGUCUGGCUCCUGCACUCUCCUGGGGCCCCUCAACCUGCACAUGUACAGCAGCCACAGCCAGGCCCUGAUGCCCGGGGGAGAGAGGCCCUUCAUCAGCCCGUGUAUGGAGGAGGACGAGAUGGAGCACGAGACCAGCAGCCAGCCAUCCAUGACUACAGAGAGCUCAGGUUCAUCGUCCCACUGUCUGUCCGGCAGCGGCUCAAGUGGUUCAGACAGUGGCUGUGUGUCCAGCCACCUCCCUGAGGCCAGUUUAUCUGAGGAUCCCUCGUUCCCCUGCCGUCCCCGGUCCGACGCCGUGACCUCCCCCAGCCUCCCCAAAGACAAGCCGCGCUACAACAACAGCCAGUACAUUUCAGCCAAUGUAGCUCAGACCAUAGGCCCUUCCACUAUAGUGUGAUUCCUGACUGGGACCCUGCUUGGAGUCUGAUAUCCAGAAAGACACUAUUACCACGCCAAGGAAGACAGGCGAGACUCUCAUCUCACAUGGACGCUGUAAAGACCUGGGACUGUUUU